UAAAGUAUAAAAGGAAACCUUUGCAAAUAUCAGUUCAGUUAUUACAAAGUUGGAGGUGCUCAGUGUAUGAGUGUCAAAAGGCUCAUUUAAAGCUGCAACAGUUUUUUGGAGCUCCAUACGAGGAGCGUUAGUGUUAAAGUUUGUACUUUUUGAGGAUCCUCGUCCAACAAAACAGCUCCUCCUAACAUCCAGUGACAUGGCAGCAUCACACCUACUGCUCCUUUCUCUGCUCGGCGCGCUGUUCGUGUACCAGUGUCAUGCGGCCUGUGCAGAGGUGGACUCUGAUACAGAGGCUGUGGCAGGCAAAGGCUUCAAACUGGGCUGCAUCUCCUGCAAGAGGAGGAGUGAGGUGGAAGGUACUGCCACCGUCGAGUGGUACUUCAGGGCCAAGGGAGAGGCUGACUUUGUUCACAUCUACAGCUAUAACGAGGACGGACCCACCAUUGAAAGCGACCAGUUUACGGAUCGUGUAGACUGGAAUGGUAGCAAAAGGAGCAACGACAUCCAAGAUGCGUCCAUAUACCUGCUCAACGUCACCUUCAAUGACUCGGGCACCUACCGCUGCUUCUUCAACCGCAUCCUCUCCUACGAGAACUACGAGUACAACACCGUCGUCGGCAAGGUGGUCCACCUCACUGUGGUGGCUAAAGCCACCAGAGGAACAGCUUCCAUCGUGUCAGAGGUCAUGAUGUACGUGUCCAUCAUUGGCCUGCAGGUUUGGCUCCUCAUAGAGAUGAUAUACUGCUACAGAAAGAUAGCAGCAGCUGGGGAAGAAGCGUUACGAGAAGCUGCAAAUGCUGAAUAUUUAGCAAUAGCCUCGGAAAGUAAAGAUAACUGUGCAGGUGUGCAGGUCGGAGAAUAGCACAGGCUUCCUCCACGGACUGAAAACAUCCUUUCCACCCUCUGACCUGCAUGAAGACAACUUGGGGCAAAAACUCCUCUUCAUCUCAAGUCACUAUUUUACCUUUUCCUUGACAAAGAUUACAAAUGGAUGUG